GCAUUUUUGGUACGUCUUGCUAUCCGAGGCUUGGCUGCUGGUGGGAUAUGCAGAUCAGCCAAGCCGUCUCUCUGUCCGAAGGAGACAGAGACCAACAAGCUUGUUCUCGCCAAACAAGAGCUCACUCCCUCCAGAAAUUUCAAUAAGUUUAAACAUUUCCAAAUUUCCACCAAGUUUACGUUGAAAAAGAUAGAGCGGAACGACGCGAAGGAAAGAAAACUGGACGAGCUGAACGUCUGUUGAAAAUUGUGAACGAUUUUUUACUCCGGAACACCCGCUUCACGUCGAAAUUUGAAUAAGGAAUCGUUGCGGUGAAACUUCUCGCAGAACGAGGCGUUGCCCUUGGACGGUAUGGAGGUCAACCAGAAAAUGCUCAGAGGACAGAAAGCGCUCGUCCCCACAAAGGAGGAAGGGAAGAAAGUGUACCGUUUUCCUCCUCACUCCGUCCAACCACGGCCAACACCACGUGACGACAACCACGUGGCGUCCCCCUCACCCAACUGCAGAUUAUCAAACACAAAGAAAUUACCACGACUUAUCGGCAAUAAGAAAAUCUUCCCCUGCAAAACAUGCCUUCGUCCCUUCACCAAACGAAACAGUGCUCACCUCCACGCCCGCACCCACCUCAACCCGAAUGAGCUGGAGAAGGCUUCAAUUUUCCACGCGAAAUGUCCACACUGCGAAAAAGUGUUCUUCAAUCGUCACCACUUCACCGACCACGUGGCUGCGCACGAAGGUCGCAAGAACCACGCCUGCCCCACCUGCAAACAGAAGUUCACCCAGAAAGCACAUUUGACCGCUCAUCUCUUCGUCCACCUGAGCCGCGAGGAGCGCGCGGAGGUGCGGCGGGGUUGGCGCCACGCCUGCUACUUUUGCAAAAAACGGUUCCACACUUCAUCUCAUCUCGAUUGUCAUCUAGCGACCCACACAAAGGAAAAGCUGGGCGGGAGGUGUCACCUUUGUCGAAAAACGUUCUCCUCCAAACACGCCCUGACCCAGCAUCGCUUCCUCCAUCUCAACGACGACGAGAAAAUUGCACUCGUGGAGCAGCGUGUAAGUCGCGUCUGCUUAUUCUGCCACAAAAUUUUCUCCAACAACGUCACUUAUCAUGCUCAUCUCGUCUCCCACACGAAGGAGAAACCCUUUCCUUGCGACCAGUGCGGGGAGCAGUUCAGUUCAGUGAGAAGUAACUUAACCAGGCACGCGCGCAGUCACAGCGCGGAUCCGCGACCCUUCAAGUGCACCCAAUGCGAUCAAGCCUUCACUCAAAAAGUAAAUCUGGUUACCCACAAGAAGACCGUUCACCGGAAGUUGAAGAGCUUCGAGUGCCACCAGUGCUGCAAGAAGUUCGGCAAGAAGAGUAACAUGGUGCGACAUGUGAACAGCGUUCAUGCCAAAAUCCGGCACCCUUGCCCCCACUGCGGCCACACGUUUACGCUGAAAUCCAAUCUUGGGAAGCAUUUGAAGAAGUUUCACCCCUCCGAAUAAUAAAGUCAGUCAUCUGCCAACUGACCGCUCAUCAGAUUGCGACAUGUUCCCCAUACUUUUUCAAUUUUGUUUAUAACUUUUCCGGUUUCACUAUUUAUUACGAGAUAAAUAUUCUUGUACGAUUCAUAGAAAUGGCAUUACUGAAGUAUUAAGUUGUAAACAUGACCUAAUUUUUGUUACCGUUUUGACCAUGACGAUUUUUAUGUAGUAAAGGAAUUCCAUUUUAUAUAAAAAAAA